GCGGACAACGCGGUCAACAGAGUCGAAAACUCUUCGAAAGAUUCGUGCAAAAAGGAAGAGGAUAAACCGCUUAAAGGAGUUUCUGGCGAAGCAUCGACAGAGAAGAAUAACCAGGAUGGAGGAAGGAUGAACAACAAACCUAGCAGUUUUACCUGGAUGGGAAAGCGAAAAUCAGGYCCAAUAGAAACUAUUAAACCUUUGGAGUUGUCUGGAUCAAAGGGUGGCGGUGGAAUUACCAUAAAGUUGAACGCUCCUGCAAAAAAGAAGAAAGCAGAACCGGUUAUACAAAAAAAGGCAGGCAGUGUAGCAGCAGCUUUUGGAAACGACGAGAGUGAUGAAGAGGAAGAGAUUCCACCUGAAGCGAAAAUGAGAAUGCGUAAUAUUGGAAAAGAUACGCCAACCUCUGCUGGACCCAACUCCUUCAAUAAAGGCAAGCAAGGUUUUACCCAUACAAGAAAAGUAUUUGAAAAAAAGCUAAAUGAAACGAAACCACCUUAAAAAUUUAAGUGUAAUUAUUUAAAAUUCUUAAUCACUCUUUCACUUACACACCAUGAAUAUUUUUUACAUUUAAUUCAUAACCUUGCUGAAAUAAUAAACUUUA